AUGGCGCAAAUCUCUGGCUUAUCCUCGCUGUCGCCUGCCACAACAAGGGGAAACCGACAAACCCUUCUGGAGCUGAGCCCUGCCAACGUUGACUAUUUCCACGUUCUUGACUCUACUAUGUUCGUACUCUACCUCGACUCUGGUAAUCCUGAGACUCCCAAUGAGAUCGCUCGCGGUGAUUACAUUAGAGGCGGAUUCAACCGUUGGUUCGACAAGGCAUUGCAGUUCUACGUGAGAGCGAUCGGUCGGUCGGGCAUACUCACUGAGCAUGGCAUUCUCUACGACACAACCGCUACGGGUCUACUGGACUAUUCUCAAAAGCCAUGA